AUGAAAGUCGACUUUUUUGCUGCUAUUUCCGACGGAGAAUUCGAGUGUUUAGAUUUCCAUGAUGUUAACUCAUUGAGCGAUCAAGAAAAAGGCAAGAUAUCGGAAGGCAUACGCAAAAUCCUAUAUCUGUUGCUGGAGGACUUGGACUAUCAGCACCGCGUUGAACCAACCGACGAGCUACUUCGCUAUGAGAUCCAAGAUUGUUCUAAUGAGCAUCUGGCACCUCUUUUUCCAGACAAAGAAAAAGUCCUUCAUUCUAUCUUGGAAUGCUCUGCGGAAUGUGCCGAGUAUUUCUAUCCCCUUUGCCAGCAUGAGACUAAGCUUAUCAUGGCUAUUAUCACUAGUAUCUUUGUGGCCUCUGACGACAAUUCAAUUCUGAAUCCAGAAGAGCGCCGUAGCCUAUCCUACUUCUCUUUCAACCAUUAUCAAAUAUUGCCGGAAGAGAGCCGUUGGCAUACAGUUCUCUCUAAGGGCCUCAAAAUGUGUGCCGAGUAUUUCGGCUCACAAGACCCACUUAUUGGCAGUCUGACCGCGAGGAGCUACUGUUCGUUUGUGGAUGCAUGUGCCCAGGAAACCCGUCUAGAGCAUGAAUUACCACUUCAUAUCCUCGACCAUGGGCCUUCACAUUUGAAUUCUGAAGAUUGUUCUGUCGAAGGAUUUCCCGACUAUUUUCGUUCCUCAAGUGCCGCGCCUCUGCUAUAUCUGGUCCCAAUUUUCAAAAUAUCCCGACAAAAGGAAGUGCCCGCGCAUUUUUGGACUUCAGUCAUACCUGCUAUUAGCAAGUUCAUCAACCAUAUGAAUGAUUUGUUAUCUUGCCCUAAGGAGGUUCUUGCUGGAGAGUCGUGGAAUUAUCUCUCUAUGAAGACAAAGACCAAGCGGCAAGCCGGCAGGCCAACAAUUUUCAAAUCCAAGUAUUCCGGGCUGUGGACGUUCCGCGACACAUUGUAUGAAACGAUCUCAGAAAUGCAACGAACAACUCUCGCAUUGGAUAAGGCUUUCACGCAGUGCAUCAUGACUGAGAUGCUUGGCCUCUCAGCGCACACAAACGAUGCCAGCAGAUGUGCUAAAAAAAAACAGAGCCAAGUUCAUGAGGAGGUCCAAUUAGCCGCGCAACUCUGGACUGCUUACAAGCAUGGCUACAUUGCCUGGCAUAUAAAUUGUAACAGAUAUGGGUUAGAGCGUCUCCCUUUCGAAGGAUAUACAUACAUGGUCAAAUGA